AUGACAUUGAGAGACAGAAAUAAUGACUAAUAAAAGAUUGGUGAAGAUAAAAACAGGAAAAAUUAGAUUAAAAAACGGAGUAGUCAAAGACUAUCAAAUUACUCUCAAUCUAGUCAAAACUAAAAAUCUUCAUAAAGGACAUUAAUAAGUAAGAGACAGUCGUCAGACACUAACAACUCGAAGCGGUUAGAUGAUAAAAAUUAUGAUUUAUCAAAAACUAUCCAAGUCAACAAUGGCUACAAGAAUAAAUUAGAAUAUUACUCAAGAACAGAAACUGAAACGGAAUAAGAAGACGAUGAAAAUUCUGAGGAUGAAAAAUUUGAAAAGAAAUUGAGUAAAUCCCUCAAAAGUGAAACACCUAUUACAAAAUAAACAUAAGCUUUAGCUAGUAGUAUUAAUACUAAUUAAAACGAUGAUCUAUCUUAGUCAUCUCUGCAUCAUAGUAAAAGGCCUAAGAGACAAGGGACUUAAAAUGGGAGAUACUAUGGCUUUGAAACAUUCUAGCAACGACAUGAUCAUUCUCAUUACUAAUUGAUUUCUUAUCAGAAUUACAAAUCCUAAAGUGCCCAACCAUACAUUAUAUAUAUAUCUUUAGAUGAAUAUGAAGUUAUUGGAUUCUUAGGAGGAUAUUGCUAUGAAAAUCAAUUUUCACCAUAAAAAUUGAUACCUUGUGAUUCACUAAUAGAAAGUCAAGUUGAACGAUAAAAAAACGUCGAUUUAUGUCCUAUUUCUGCAAAUAAUGCAAGAUAAAUUAUUCAAAGUAGAGGCUAGUAAGUUCUUGGAUGGUAUCAUAGUCAUCCCUUUUUCCCAGUUGAGCCAUCUUUAAUAGAUAUUCGAAAUCAUGCUGUGUAUCAAAAGAACUUUGAUCUAGCUAAUCUUCCAUUUAUAGCUCUUAUCAUUGGUCCCUAUAGUACUAAAAAUAAAAAUGAAUCACUAUGCAAAGUCUUCCACUUAGUAAAGGAGAAAUAGCCGUUUAGCUUGAAUUUUAAAUAGCUUCCAAACAAAAAAAUGCGUAAGGCUCUUAUAAAUGAGAUUAAAGAUAUACUAAUGAAAUAUAAGGCACAUUAAGAUAAGAUAAAUCUUAAGGAAAAAUGGUGUGCUGGUUAUACUAGAGAAGAAAAACUUGUUGAGGCUAUUGAAAUUAUCCUUGAAAAAAACUUAAAGUAAAAAGAUAAAAAUGAUGUUCAGCAUGAACUGAGCACGAAUUUAAGUUCAAGUGAUUAUCAAAGCUACUCUUAAAAAGGACUGUUUACUUUAAGUACAACUCAUUCAGAAGGAUCUUAUUCAAAAAGAAGUGAUAUUGAAUAUACAAAUCCCAACUCAAACAUGUUAGAUUGUUCAAUAAUAAACCAAGAAAGUUUAGAGUAAUAGAACUUAAAUAACAGCAAUAAUUCAAAUGCUGCUAAUAUAAUAGUUGCAACUGUCAGUAAUAAUCUAGACUAAUAUGACAGUAAUGGCACUCUUUUGCUUCAAAAUUUGAAGAAAGAGAGUUACUUCAGCAUUGAAAAUGAGGAUAGGGUCGAAAAAUUCAUGAAUAAGCUAAAGAGCAUGAUUGGUAAAAUACUAUUUUAAGAUGAUAGUUCUCAAAGCUAAAAUAAAGCAGAUAAUUGCCUGAAAUAAGAGAGAAAGCAGUAAUUCAAGCCUGAAUAAAUAACUCUAAGCUCGUGA